AUGACAGAUUGUUACAGCGGACCAUAUAGGGCUACGGCUUUGUGGAAUGAAGCAGUUCUUUUAUUCCGUGAUAAUAUGGUACUUAAAGAGCACCGGCACAGAUUUCAUAAACAUAAAAAUUCGUUUAGUGGCAACGAAGCAGUAACUCUGCUACUGAAUGCUCUCUGCUCGAACCCUAUGUUCAAUCCUACUAUAUCACGUGAGCAAUGCUGUCGAUUACUAAGGCAGUUUCUCAAGGCUAACUUAAUAACACCUGUUAAAAGUUGUUCAUUAAGCCAUUCUAAAACAACUUUUUAUGACAGUAAUAAAUACUUGUAUGAGUUUACUGAUCUACUUGUGAACUUCAAACCUCUGCAGCCUGUUUCAGUUUCAAAUAUUAAGGAAGUUAAAACUGAAAGGUGUAAACAUAUUUCAGAAACAGAGAAACAUACUAGCAUUAAGUUUGAACGGAGUUUAAUUUGGAAACAUGCUAUUAUUAAAAGGAUCGUUGAAUUAAUAAAGCCUUUUGAUAUGUAUAAAGUUACGGAUUUCGAUGGAGUUAAUUCGUCAUGGGUAGAAAUAAAUGCUGAUCCAGAAUUUCAAAAGUUAAAAUGGAAUACUGAGCUACCUGAUUGGAUAUUAUCUGCUAUUCAUGAUCUCAUAAAAUAUACUUCUAAAGAUUAUUGUGGUACUUCUUAUCCAAAUUUUGAAAUGGAUGCCUUUCAAGUUAUAACUGAUUAUUUCAAAACAUUGGAUGUACCACUUAUAGAUGACUUAAAUUACAAUUUAUAUGCUGCAGUUUUUCAUCAUUUAGAGUAUUUGAAUUGUAUUGAGGCAGUGAAAAGCCCACAGAAAUGUAUUCAGAGUACCAUAAAUUUUAGGGAUGAAAUCAAGCAAAGAAAACCUAAUAUGUACCUUCCAGAUAAUGUUCUGCCUCCAAAUCAUUGUUAUGAAGCUGCAUUUACUUCAGAUGAUCCUACCAUUAGAGUUGUCCCACAGUGUUCUGUAGACAGUAUUCAUUUAAAGAAAAAUGAGCACAGUAGUCAUAAAGGACUUAAAAUGGCUUAUAGUGAAAACUCUAUACCAAAACUUAAAGACACACAUUACCUUUCUUCUUAUAACUCUCAGAGAAAUAAAUUAAAAACCGGUUUGAUGCCUUUAAAAUCAAUUGAUAAUGUUAUCAAUAAGUAUUCUGAAGUUAAGCAAGGGAUAGUGAAUGAAGGUUUUCUAGUUUUUUCACCUGAUAAAGGAAAACAAGCAGAGAAUCAUAUCCCUUUUUUAAAUAAAAGUGAUGAUUUUUUAAAUAAAAGGAAGCAGCUAAAACAAGAUAUAAAAUAUAAAGAGAAUGAAUAUCAGUGCAAUAAUUUUAUUUAUGUAAAUCAUGGAUUGUCAUUUUCUUUAGAAGAUAUAAAUUUACUAGCCCAAAAUAAUCUGGAUUACAAUUAUGCAUUAGAGUCAUUAAAUAAUCUUAUGAAGGUAACACAGCAUAAUCAGUCAAUGUCCGACGAUGAUCAUUCGUUUCAUACAGCUUUGUCAGAAUCACAAUUAGAAUUAAGUGACGUAGAAAGUUCUUAUGGAAAUUCUCAAUCACAUCAUUCUCAAGAAAUGGAAUGGGAUCCAAAUGUUACUGAAUUAGGAAUUCAUAUUUUUCAGUUACUUUUGAUAUUUCUUCCUCCUUCCAGUCGAGCCAAAUUAAAAUAUUUGUGUCUACUUUUGUAUAAAGUUUCAAGAAAUUUAUCAAUUCCUGAUCUAUCAUUAGAUAAUAUGUUAUUAAAACUUGAAGGUUGCAUAGUUAAAGCAGUUGAUAUCGAUACUUAUGAUAUUUCAACAGUUAAUAAUAUAUUAACUUUUAUUGUUAUAAACUACAAAACUGUAUUUGCUGAAUUACCUACUGAUUUAUUAUCCAAUAUAAAAAAUGAAUUGCAAGAAAAAGAAUUGAAGAUAGUUUCAUCAUGUAAUCAAUCUGUCAAAGAUUCAUUAAAUAUAAAAAAGAAUGAAGAAUCCAGGGAUUCACUAACACAGCUAUUAGAUCACAUCCUUCAGAAUAAAAAUAUUUCUGAAAAAGAAAAAAGAAAACAUUUGAAAUUGUUCAAAAAUUGUUAUCCAGGAAUCUAUAAGAGGAGGUUUCCUAAUGAAGACAAACAUUCAAAAUCAAAAACUUUAUUUUCUAUAAAGAACCUACGCUUAUGA